UAACAUCUUAUUCUCAAAAAGAAGACGACAAAAUAAAACAUUUGAUUAUAUUCUCAAUUAAAGUAAUAUAUGUCUUUAUUUUUUCUAAAGCACCCAAAUGACACUUUAACAUUUAUCCCUUACCAUGAAAAGAAGGCUUGUAUAUAUUUUUCCAGCCUUCAUAAUCCUUUAAAAAUGCUGCAUCCCUGAACAUUGUCAAACAAUAUCACCGCAGCAAGAACGCCCUAUAUUCCUUAUAUACGCUGGUAUGAAAUAUAUUUUUCUAUAGCAAUAUCAUCCUUUUUAGACUUCAUUAAUAUUGUAAGCCUCUUGUACGUAGUCAAGUUCUGGUAUUUUCACCAUCAACGGUUGUUGUGGGUUUGUAAAUACCUCUCUAUCUUUAACCUGAGAUCUCGGGUUCAGGCUUUGAUAUUGAAGUCGUCUUUGCUAGGAAGAACUAUACCCCAAAGCGGGACUUGCCGCGGAGUGAAUUAAUCGGAACCAGACACCGGGUACGAAGAAAAAUGUCCUUGGAAUCUGAAAUGGUGGACAUCACUACAAUCUCAAGACUACAAUCUACACCAAGAAAGCGUCAAAUACCAAAAGCUCCAUUAUUCAUGAGAAUUGACAAUCAAAAUAGUGAUGACUAUGAUCCUAAAGUGGUUUCAUUGGGACCUUACCAUCAUGGAAAGCCAGAGCUCAAUUUUGUUGAAGAUUUCAAGCCUAAGUCUCUAGAGAUGUUCAUUCAUGGCAGUAACAAACAUAAAAAAUAUUUCCUCGAAAAAAUUCUCGAGGGGAUUGAGGAUGUUAGAAGUUGUUACCUCGAAGAAGUCACGAAUAAGUAUAACGACUAUGAUUUUGCUCGAAUGAUGCUCCUUGACGCAUGUUUCGUUCUUAAUGAUAUCGACAUAGUAACAAGGUCAUCAAACUCUGCCUCUAAACAAACCAAUACUAUCAAGCAUCUUGGUAUUGCAGUUUAUUUGAUCACUAGACGUGACCUAUAUUUGCGCGAAAAUCAGGUACCUUUUUGGAUUCUCAAGCUCUUGGUUAAGUUGAGAUAUGGUGAUGAUGAAGGUGGUGAAUAUUAUCCAUUUGAAAACAAAGUGAAAAGCUAUUGUUCUCAAAUGUUUUUUGAUAAGCAAGAGGACAACAUAGAAGAGAACGCGAUGAUGGAGAUAGAACCUCCUCACCUUCUUGAAGUUUUUCGACGAGUACUUGUUACUGGCAAUGAUGAAGAAGUUAAUGUCAAACAAUCGCGUUGUGAUUGCAUCUUUGAUUAUUUUCUUGAUCGUUUUAGAAAGAAUCAUGAAGUACACAAACCAGCAUUGCUCACAAAUGUGUUUCGUUCAGUUAUGGAUUUAAAAUCAAAGGGCAUUCAUUUUAGGCCUAGUGGAAUUGAUUCUUUAAAAGGUGUGAGAUUUACAUCUCACUAUUACUAUGCAAAACUCAAAUUACCAUAUAUGUUGGUAUGUUUCAACAUACACUAAAGUAUUUUUCAUGAACAUGAUAGCUUAUGAAUUGUGCCCAAAUAGUCCUAAUGAUAGAGCUGUGGUAUCUUACAUAAAUUUCAUGAAAUCUCUUGUGAUUUCACCUAAUGAUGUGAAAGAACCAAGAGAAGAGAAGAUUAUAUUCAACACAUUGGGAAGUGAUGAAAGUGGUACAAGUUUAUAAAGGAUUAAAGACUUAUGGGGCAGAUGAUCCUUUAAUUUUCAAGAAUGUGAAGAGGAAUAUUCAAGAACAUUAUAAUAGCAAGGUGAAGACUUGGAUUGCUGAAUUGAUAGAUACAUAUUUUAAUGGUCCAUGGUCUCUAACUGCUUUAGUUGUUACUAUUUUUAUUACUUUCUUGACUGUUGUCAGACUUACUAUAGUAGCCCAUUUAAUCAUUCUCAUGAUAAGAAUAUGUGAUUUUACCUUGUGUAGCUGAUUAAUGUUUGUUAUGUUGAAUAAUCAUUCGGACAACAACGUCAUUAAUUUUAAUUUUUCUCUUAAAGUUCA